AUGAAGGCUCAGGUAUUAUCUAAACUUCCAUCUCAACCUCUUGUUAAUCCAAUUGAGCAUGUUAAUGUCGUUAUGUUGAGAAGUGGGAAGCAGUUAGAUCCAAAUCAGCAGAGACAGAUUGUUGAUAACUUGGAUCAGGAGGAACAGGCGCAAACCGAUCCUAAGGAAAAGCCAAUUCCAUUCGGCCAACCUACGGUUUCGUUUCCUACACAUAUUACACCACCUCCUUUUCCGAGUCGUUUUGCCAAGUCCAAAAAGAAGGAUCAAUACAAAGAGAUUUUGGACAUCUUCAGCAAGUUGGAAAUCAAUAUUCCACUUAUAGAGGCCAUCAGAACGGUCCCAGAUUUAGGAGCAUCUGUUAAUGUUAUGCAUGCUUCAAUUUAUGAUUCUCUUAAUCUUGGUCCUCUCAUGGAGACUCGUGUAGUUCUUCAACUUGCUGACCGAUCUAAUGUUUACCCUAAAGGGGUUGUUGAGAAUGUCUUGGUGCAGGUGAAUGAGUUAAUAUUUCCAAUGGACUUAUAUGUUCUAGACAUGAGUGAUGCGAACUCAUCAAAGUCUACACCCUUGUUGUUGGGAGGACCAUUUUUGAUCACUACUGGAACAAAGAUUGAUGUCCAACAAUGUACCUUGACCAUGGAUUUCGAUGGAGAAGUCAUCUAA